CGAACAUCGUACUACACUUGGGUCCCACCCAACCAUGUGCCCUCCUCCGCUCCAACAUAAGAUUUUUUUCGUGAAUUCAAAUUUAAUUGACUCUCAAUACAAAUAUCGAACACCGUAUCUAACUUUGUCCCACCCAACCACGUCCCCUCCUCCGCUCCAACGUAAGAUUUCUCUCGUGAAUUCAAACUCAAAUACCGAAAACUGUAACUGACUUGAUCCCACCCAACCAUGUGCCCUCCUCCGCUCCAAUGUAAGAUUUCUCUCAUGAAUUCGAAUUUAAUCGACUCACAAUACCAAUAUCGAACACCCUACUAUACUUGGUCCCACCCAACCAUGUGCCCCUCCUCCUGUCUCCACCAGCUCCUGCCUCUCAAUCAUUUGACCCCCAGCCCCUACCUAAGCCCCAACCCACCUACCCCAACCCCUUCUUCCCUGUAGUAUAAUUCUCAUUCCAAUUUCUAACCCUAACAUUACUACAUCAAUACAACAAUCUCUAUGUCUACCUCACUAGACCAAAACGGCACCGCCGGCGCCGGCACAAGUAACAAUGACAGUAGUACUACUACUCUAACGGUGAGAAAACCGCCGGCGAAAGACCGUCAUAGCAAAGUUGACGGAAGAGGAAGACGUAUAAGAAUGCCAAUUGUAUGUGCAGCUAGGGUUUUCCAACUUACACGUGAAUUAGGUCACAAAUCUGAUGGACAAACAAUUGAAUGGUUACUCCGUCAAGCUGAACCUUCAAUUAUUGCUGCUACUGGUACUGGUACUAUACCUGCUAACUUCUCUACUGUCUCCGUUUCGUUACGUAGCUCGCAUAAUUCUUCAGUUUCUGCUUCAGUUGAUAAUAACAAGUCGUUUGUACAUCCUUUGAUUUGUGGGCCACCGUCUCCUGUUUCCUCCCCGGCUCCGUUUUUGCUAGGGAAGAGAUUACGGGCCGAGGAGGAGGAAGGAGGAGGAGGAGGUGGUGGAGAGAAGGAUGGUGAUAAUGUUAAUGUUAAUAAUGUUGUGGGUUAUACUGCUAGUUUUUGGUCGGUUCCAGUUCCAGUUAGGCAUGAUUACGGACAAUUUUGGAGUUUUGGGGCGGGGGCCGCAGCUUCAGGAGCAAUGCCAUCGAGGUUUUUUCAGCAGCAGAUGGAAGAGGCGGCGUCUGUAUCUGGUGGUGGUAGUGAUGGUGGUGGUAGAAUUGGGAAUUAUUUUCCUAUAGCUCAAGGGCAUUUGAAUUUGCUAGCUACUCUGUCGGGUUCGGGUUCUGGCUCUGGACCUUGUUCAUCGGGGAGAAGGGUGGAUGAUGGACAUUGAAGAUAUGCAAGUGUUUGAUUGAUGUUGAUUAUAUGUAUAAUCGUGUAUUGUUGUUGUUCUUGCGUAUUGUGUUUCUUCUAUUAGGGGUUAGGUGGUAGAAUUGGGAAUUAUUUUCCUAUAGCUCAAAGGCAUUUGAAUUUGCUAGCUACUCUGUCGGGUUGGGGUUCUGGCUCUGGACCGCGUUCAUCGGGGAGAAGGGAGGAUGAUGGACACUGAAGAUAUGAAGUAUUUGAAUGAUGUAGGUUCGGGUUUUGGUUAUGGACAGCCUUCUUCGGGGGAGAAGGGACGAUGAUGGACAUUGAAGAUAUGAAGUAUUUGAUUGAUGUAGGUUCGGGUUCUGGUUCUGGACAGCCUUCUUCGGGGAGAAGGGAGGAUGAUGGACAUUGAAGAUAUGAAGUAUUUGAUUGAUGUUGAUUAUUAUAUGUAUAAACGUGUAUUGUUGUUGUUCUUGCGUAUUGUUUUUGUUCUAUUAGGGGUUAGGUAGUGAUAGUGAACGAGAAAUGAAGCUAGUUUGUGUGCAUUUUCUUGAAUUAUUGCUGGGAUUAGCGCGUUUGUUUGUUUGUUUAUUCCGCCGUUGCAAGUUGUUUGAGUUAUGAGUGUUGUAGUCGUGAAGAGAUACGAAGAAGAGAUACAAGAAUCAAAGGAGGUUCUUGUGAUGAAAUUUGGUUGGAGUUACCACUUCAGGCACAGAACUCGUCAAUAAGUGCUUGACCGUUUUGGAUAAUGGUGAGUGGGAGAAGAUAGAUAUUGGUGUGUGGUCUACGAAAACUUGUAGAUCCACGUGAAUGUUUGUUUGUAACGAAACCUAUGGAGGUUUCUAAAUGAAUUGAAUUCUGUAAUUUGUUGAAAAUUUUCAGUGUGAGAUAAUCUCUCAUACUCAAACGAGUGUUAUUGACUUUGUUCC